GUCACGCUUGUCUGCAGUGGCAUCAAUGCGUUGUGCCUUGUUAAUCCUGCUAGCCAACUUCGCGUUCUUUAGGCACUCAUUUGCUAUUGAUGUACAAGGCAGUAUAGCUUGGAAUACACACUGCCCAGAUAUAGCUUCUCUCCAUCCUCAAUCAAAGAUUGUUCUAGAUGGAGGGCGCUACUCAGCUAGAGUACGGAAAGAUGGCGGAUUUACCUUUUUUAACGUCGAACCUGGUGCCUAUCUCCUUGAAGUGCUGGCUAGGGAUCAUGUCUUCGACCAGCUGCGGGUUGACAUCCUUGACGAGUCGUUAUUGUCGCAAGAUUUGGGGACUACACCUGCGGAGGAACAUCUUCCUGCGCCUUCAAGUGUCCAAGUACGACCGUUUCUCCCUGGGACCCCAUUUUCUCCCUCCCCGCCACAUUAUCCUCUGGCAUACCCAAUCCUGCUGGUCCCGCUCCAGCGCAAAGAAUAUUUCGCGCUUCCGGAUGGCUUUGAUGUGAUGUCAAUGCUGAACAAUCCGAUGGCAAUGAUGAUGAUUUUCGCUUGCAUCACAUUGUUCAUUCUUCCAAAGGCCAUGCAAAACAUGGAUCCCGAAAUGCUGAAGGAGAUGUCUGAGAGACACGGUCGUAUCAUGAAAAUACAAAGCGACUUACACCAGGGAGACUUCAGCGGGAUUACUUCUGGUGUUAUGGAGGAUGUUAAUAGAGGGGCGGCAAAGACGGACGAGCGCCGCCCGCCUCCCAAGAAAGCAAACCCAGCACCCGUAUCCUCUUCGACUUCCUCCAGCAAGAAGCAAACAUCGAAACGGAGGCGAUGAGGAUACACUUGUUUUUCUGCUUGUCGGUAACCUCGUUGUUGUUGCAUCCACACAAGGAAGCGUUGCGCGUUUGGCUGCUAAUUCUAUUAUCCUACUGAGGAUUUUACAAACGCUGUCCUUUGGUACCCGGCCGUGUCUUUCAUGUGGUCCAGCUGAAGUCUGCAAGUUCUUCGGAUAACCUGCCUGUGGGGUUUUGAACGUGGUGUGUUUGUUUUCUGAGUAGCCUUGAAUUGCAUACAGGACACUGGCAUGCUUGAAUAUCAUAUCCCCUGUGUUCAUUUCCGACUGCUGUACUUUGGUCUCCCUUCUCCCUCAUCGGUCACGCGAAGUCCCAAAUUUUCGACAUC